ACGAGUUGCUCGGAACCAGAGAAACUUGGCCGCUAUGUCUCCUUAUGGAAGAAUCACAUCGGUUUCUCAGCACAUUUGUGAGUUCUUGCACUAAUCAAUCACACACACCUAACAAUUAAACCAUUCCAUUCCCACUUUUCCACUGUUCAAUCGCUUCCCCAUUUGGUGAUUUCCGCCCAUUCUCCACUCUAGUUGGCGUCUUCUUUAGUCGCUCAAACCCCACGAUCUGUCCACUUCUCACCCCCUCAAACCAACAUUAAAUUUCUGAAAAUACCCAUUUCAGAAACUCCACCUUUUUCAAUGGAAUUUUGUUGCUACACGACCUUCUUUUGUAUCACCAUUUUUUCUUUCUGGGUCUGCAGCAACCUGAGCUAAUGGGUCCCUUUUUCAAUUGAUCAUUUCUGGUUUCUUCCAUUUUGGCUUCCUUCAUCCUUUUCUCCCUGUUCUGUUACUUCUAUUUCCUGUCUCGGAGUUGGGUUUGGCUACAAUUUUUAGUUGGGUUUAAGGCUUUUGGAAGCAGAUUGAAAGUGGGGUUUGCCCAAAAAAGAAAAAAAAAAAUGCUGGGGGAGGAUGCGAGAACAGGGCACACCCGCUCUAAAAGAACUCUUUUGUCUUUGCUCUACGCAUAUGGCAGCUCGCUCGACAAGAAAGCAGUUCAAGAUGAUCCAUUACAUAAUUCUCUCCAAUUAUCCAACAUUGUAAACAUGGAUAUGGAUCAGGUGAAAGAAGUUGAAAAUAAGAAAAACUUGUCACCAAAGAUGGAAGUUCAUAGUUCUUUGAAGAAUGAGAUUAUUCAACUCGAGAAGCGAUUGCAAGACCAGUUCAAGCUCCGUUCGGCGUUAGAAAAAGCAUUGAAUCAUGGAGUUCUUCCCUAUAGUAACUCAGACAAAAUCUCAAUGCCAAAGUCAGCCAUGGAGUUAAUCACGGAGAUCGCGACGUUAGAACUAGAAGUUGUGCAUUUAGAACAAUAUCUUCUUUCUUUAUACCGAAAAGCAUUCGAGGGACAAUCAUCUUCUGUAUCCCCUGCUAAGGACGAGAUGUCGAAAUUGCCUUCGACCCCUAAAGGCCGAUCAAUGGUAGUUCCCCUACCUGAUAUUGCCUCCAAAGAUGAAAACUCAGCAGCCCUUUCUGGUUGUCAGUCACUUGAAAAUCCAAGCAAGGAUUGCAGUGAUAGAGAUGGAAAACUUUCGGGUUCCAAUUUUUAUCGUUCUCAAUCAUCACUGACGACAUCGAACGCAGCUUCUUUAGAUAAAGCGUCCGCUUCGGUAGUGUCAUUGGAUAGAACUCUGCGCGCCUGUCAUUCCCAACCAGUGUCCAUGAUGGAGUAUGCACAAAAUGUUUCCUCCAAUAUAAUCAGUCUUGCCGAGCAUCUUGGAACUUGCAUUUCCGACCACGUUCCCGAGACUCCUAAUCGGCUUUCGGAAGACAUGAUCAAGUGCAUAUCAGCUAUAUAUUGCAAAUUAGCAGAACCAUCUCUGUCAAAUCAUGGACUUUCAUCUCCCAUGUCUUCUUUGUCAUCAAUCAGUGAAUUUUCUCCAGGAGAGCAGUAUGCUAUGUGCAGCCCGGGGUUCCGAAACAACUCAUCCUUCGAUCGAUUGGAUAAUCCUUUUCUCGUGGAAGGUCUUAAAGAUUUUAGCGGGCCAUACAGUACCAUGAUUGAGAUAUCACGGAUUUGUGGCGACCCUCAGAAGCUACAUGAUGUCAAGAGUUUGCUCGAAAACUUCAGGUUGCUUAUCUCGCGUUUAGAGAAAGUUGAUUUGAGGAAGCUGAAGUACGAGGAAAAGUUGGCUUUCUGGAUAAAUAUUCACAAUUCACUUGUGAUGCAUACGUAUUUGGCUUACGGGGUACCCCAAAACAAUAUCAAGAGAGCCUUCUUACUCUUGAAGUCUGCUUAUAAUAUUGGAGGUCAUACAAUUAGUGUAGACACAAUACAAAGUUGUAUUCUUGGCUGUCGGAUGCCUCGUCCUUGGCAGUGGCUUCGGCUUUUGCUUCCUUCACGGACGAAAUUGAAGAUUGGAGAUGAACGCCAAGCAUAUAUGAUCGAUCGUCCGGAACCCCGUUUACAUUUUUCACUUUGCUACGGCAGCCACUCCGAUCCUGCGGUUCGAGUUUACACACCGAAAAGAAUGUUUCAAGAACUGGAAUCUGCAAAAGACGACUACAUUCGAGCCAACUUCGGCGUACGAAAGGAUCAAAAGAUUCUUCUUCCAAAGAUCGUCGAGUCAUUCGCAAAGGACUCCGGACUGUGUUCAUCUGGCUUAAUGGAGAUGAUUCUCAAGAGCUUGCCUGAAUCUCUGAGAAAGAGCGUGAAACGAGCACAGCUCGGGAAUCCUCGGAAGAAUGUCGAAUGGAUAGCUCCAAGUUAUACUUUCAGGUAUCUAAUUUCUAAGGAGCUGACGACUUAAUUUGCUUGGUUGCAUUGUUUUUAGGGAUCAACUCAGAUGCUAAAAAUUUUGCGCAUUGGAUUUGAUUUCUCAUUUGUACAUAUAGGAAGCAUAAGCUAAGGCAUCUGAGCUUGAAAUUGAAAUGUCUAUAUCUUCUUCCCUUCCAUGUUUUGAGCUUCACAUUGUUCAUCAAACCUGUGUCAUCAAUGUUGGAAUAGACUUGUAUAACUUCUUAAACCUUUAACAA